AUCCAGUGACAAUGGCCAUUAAACAAUUCUCGACUUGUGCUCUUUCCUGAACUAUUCAUUUACCUCUGCUAAAAAGGCUGCCAUCAGCCAAUCUCUUGACUCCUAAAAGAGAAAUCUUCUGAAAUCUCAAAUGGGUCAACAGGAUAGCCAUAGAAGAGACAAUCAUGGAUACCUCCCAAUAAAGAAAAGGAGGUCAAUCAUUUUCAUGGUGGGGCGAGGCCGUUGCCCCAUCGCUUUUGGGCAGGGGACAACCAGCGGAGAGUGAGUUGGGGCGAUGGUUACGCCCCAUUUCAGUGAAUUCAUUUUUUGUUUUAUAAGGCGAGCUAUGACCCACUAUUCUUUUGCUUGCUUUUGACCUUUCUCCCAAUUCACCCACCCCACAAACCCCUUCUCUCUCUCUCUAAAACCCCAUUCUCUCUCUCCCCCAUAUGCCCAAUAUCCAUUGCCGCUUCUAUCAGGAUGCUUGCCAAGUCACAAUAUCAGUUGUAUCAAAAGAGUGGCAUCUCGAGGGGAGCUACCAUCUGGUGAUUCAUGUUAAUGAGUGGCAGGUUUCAUUGAAGUAACACAAAAUUAGAAAAUUUUAUUGGAGAAUGGGUGGUGAUUGGCUAAAGACAGCUAUUGGCCUGGGAAAGCCAUUGAAGGAAUCGAAACCAGGAGAGCAAGUAAAGGGGCCUUCACGUUCCAAGAAAUCAAAUCGUUUUAAAUGGAGACACAGUUCCAAUAAAGGGUCCAAACUCUUUCCAAGUGGUGCUUCAGAAAGAGGGCCCAAUGGAGUUAUUGAUGAUUCUAUCAAGGAGAAAGCAGCUAUAAUUAUUCAAACUGCCUUUCGUGCUUAUCUGGCAAGGAAGACCCUACAUCGUAUGAAAGGAAUUGUUAGAUUUCAACUUCUUGCCCAGGGCUACACUGUUCAGAGACAAGCACCAAUUACUCUGGGCUAUCUAAAGCUAUGGAAUAAAGUACAGUCCCAUGUCAGAGAACGUCGGGAAUGUAUGGUUACCGAAGGCCGCCUUCGCCGCAAGAAACAUGACAACAUGUUAAAACUUGAAGCUAAGCUCCAUGAGCUAGAGGUGGAAUGGUGCAAUGGCUCUGAAACUAUGGAGGAAAUUUUAGCUAGGCUGCGCCAGAGAGAAGAAGCAGCUGUUAAGCGUGAGCGAGCGAUGGCUUAUGCUUUCUCCCAUCAAUGGAGGGCAAACUCGAGGCCAAACCAGUUUCAAGUUGGAUAUGAACUGGGCAAACCUAAUUGGGGUUGGAGCUGGAUGGAGCGUUGGAUUGCAGUUAGGCCAUGGGAAAGCAGGAUCACUGUCUCUAAGAAAAUUCAUAUCGCACAAACAGGUAGCGAAAGCUCAAAACCAUUAGCAAUAAGAGCAUCCACAUGCCAUAAGUACCCCUCUUUAAAUGGUAAAGGAUCUCACCAUGUUUCUGACUCAGGAAAAGUGAAGAGGUUGUCUAUUCCUACUUUUGAAAAAGCAGUUACCCAAGAAGCAGUUGUUAAGAGACCACCCAUGGUGGCAGAAACUGCUCAGCUGGAAAAUGUUGUUGUUACCUGACAAAUGAGAUUGAAGUUUGUAUCAGCCACAAGUUCAAUGCGAUCAUUGUUCUGUACAGUUAAUGAAGUCAAAGACUGUGUUUUGCCUGUUGGUGAUCGGAUUUGUUUUAGUUAUUCAAUGAGUGGUAUGGCCUCAAGAUGGGCGCAGUAUGCAUAAUGAAACUGUCGAAAGUAACUGGGUGUUUUUUAUAAGCUAAUGUUCUCAGCAUCAUCCUCUACUUUGAAAUGUAAUUUAAUGUAUAUUUAUUCUGAAUUCAAUGAGAAAAAGAGUCAGGUUUGCAUGGAAAGAAUUAAAAGAUA